UCUUUCGUGUGAAUGAGCUCCGUGUUUUUGUGUUGAUUUCUCCUAAAUUAAAAUCCCAAUGUGGAUAUAAGUGUAAUAAUCGGGUAGACGAUGACCAAAACUCGAUGCAGGCGAAAAAGCGGUAUCUUACGGUUUGUGUAAUAGGAGUUACGCUGCUUAGUUGCUACUAUUUCUAUGGUGUGCAUUUUCACAGUGUACAAGAUGGCGAUCUCCACAAGAAAGAAGCCCUGUUGGUUCGGACUGAAAGGUCGGCUGUCCCUAGUCGAUCCUAUGUGGAUUUUGAGGAUUUCCGGAGUGACAGGGACAUGCACAUCUCCCCGCGACAAAGGCGGGACACGGGGCGCGUCACAGAAAAGCGCGGCCGCUGUAGAAUGGAGACAUGUUUUGAUUUCUCGAUCUGUCAAAAAGAUUUCAAAGUUUUCGUUUACCCCACUCAGGAUCGUCUUUCAAACAGUUACAGCAAAAUUUUGACAAAUUUACGAGAGUCCCGAUACUAUACGACUAAUCCGAAAGAAGCGUGUAUUUUUGUUCUGUCCAUUGACACACUAGAUCGUGAUACAUUAAGUAAGGAUUACAUAAAAGGCGUUCAGUUGAAACUCAACAACUUACUUCUUUGGAAUAAUGGAAAAAAUCAUAUAAUUUUCAAUUUGUAUUCUGGAACUUGGCCGGAAUACUCUGAAAAUUUAGGGUUUGAUAUAGGUGAAGCUAUGUUAGCUAAAGCCAGUAUUUCUACACGGAAGUUUAGAACAGGGUUCGAUAUCUCCAUACCGCUAUUUUCUAAAGAGCAUCCCUUAAAAGGGGGAGAAAAGGGGUCGCUACUUGCGAACAAUGUCCCCCCAAAACGGCAAUACCUCCUCGCUUUUAAAGGAAAGCGAUACCUUAUAGGAAUAGGUUCCGAGACUAGGAAUGCGCUAUAUCACAUUCAUAACAAUGAGGAUAUAAUUUUACUCACGACAUGUAAACACGGGAAAAAUUGGAAGUCCGUGAUGGAUGAUAGGUGCAAAAUAGACAAUGUGGAAUAUGAAAAAUAUGAUUAUCAAGUCCUGCUGACCAACUCCACGUUCUGCCUGGUGCCUCGUGGCAGAAGAUUAGGAAGUUUUAGGUUUUUAGAAGCCCUCCAAGCAGCGUGCGUGCCGGUGAUACUCAGUAACGGCUGGGAGUUGCCGUUCUCAGAAGUGAUCGACUGGAACAAGGCUGCCAUCUGGGGGGACGAACGGUUAUUACUACAGGUGCCAUCAAUAGUGCGGUCCAUCAGCCAUACGGACAUCUUAUCUCUCAGGCAGCAGAAUCAGUUCUUGUGGCAAACGUACUUCUCAUCCGUGGAGAGAAUCGUGGCAACGGUAUUAGAGAUACUGAAGGACCGUAUAGUCAAACACGUCGCGAGACCUCCGUUCGUCUGGAACACGUUACCUGGUGCUGCUUCUUUCAUGCGAGGUUUCUCUGACGACCUCACUGCCUAUCCGUUCUACUAUGGUGUGCUCGGUGCCACGCCUGGCGCCACCUUUACAGCUGUGAUUUAUACCACGACUUCCACGAUACAUACAUCAACAUCGCUGUACCGAGUGGUGAAAAAUAUAGCAAAGUCCGCUUUGGUGGAUAAGAUCUUAAUCAUUUGGAACAACGAAGUCCCGCCACCAUCUCACUUCCGUUGGCCCGUUCCUGCCAAAGUGCCAUUACUUGUCAUCAUCAAUCAAGAAAAGACAAUCAGAAGUCGUUUUUACCCGUAUGAGUCGAUACAGACGGAUGCUGUGCUCAGUAUGGACGAUGAUGCAAUGCUCACAACUGACGAGAUUAAUUUUGCAUUUUCCGUCUGGCGGAAUUUCCCCGAUCGUAUUGUGGGUUAUCCCGCUCGGAAUCAUAUCUGGGACGACGAGCGAUCCAGUUGGGGGUACACGUCGAAAUGGACCAAUGAUUACUCCAUGGUGUUGACGGGCGCUGCAUUUUAUCACAGAUACUACAACUACCUUUACACGCACUACUUACCUAGUCCCGUGCACAAAACAGUCGAUCAAACGCAAAACUGCGAGGACAUCCUCAUGAACUUUCUUGUCAGUCACGUGAUCAAACUCCCACCCAUCAAAGUCACCCAACGAAAGAUUUACAAAGAAGCGAUGGUGCCGAAUUCGGGGAAAAAUUCCGUCUGGUUAGAGGCGGAGCAUUUUAAUACGCGGCAAACUUGCAUAAACGUUUUCGUGAAUUAUUUCGGCUACAUGCCGUUGAUUCGUUCAAGCGUGCGGUUAGAUCCGCUUCUUUUCAAGGACCCUGUCUCGAUGACGCGGAAAAAGUAUAAACAGAUCGAGAACGUCGGGUCUUGACGAACAUGGCGGUCGACGUUGGCGUUUGCUGAUCGGACGUAUCCAUCCACUUAUGAGAACGAGGCUGAGUCUCAGAGUGAGGCUCGUAAUAUUAUAUACGAGGGAGCAUUCAUUGAGCGUUUCUAGGAUGGUCACAGCACAUGGAGAACAAUUUUACGCCUAGUCAUCACUGAUAUGAGAACUCUCAGCGCAUCUGUAUACAAAGUUGGGGUAAAUGAUUCCUCAUUUUGUGGGUACUUACUCAUUGAAUGCUCCCUUGUGUUUAGAAAGAGUGGCUUCCAUUAUCCGGGAAGGGACAGGACGCUUGCUCAACACUUAAAGGGGGACUACCGGCAGGAGCGAGGGGUCAAAUUGGUCAUUUUCAGGUGACUUAUAAGCACUGUUAAGGAAUUUGGUCAUGGUUGGUUCAGCACUCAAUGUAUUCCCAUUGAAACGUGAAUAGUUCGUUGUACUGUCGGAUGUGACAGACCCCUAUUGGCGAUAUGUGUAACUGAAUCUGACCCUCCUGGCUUCUGCCUAUAGACUUCCUUUAACAGUUUUCAUGUAUUGCUUGGUUUUACAAUGCAUUGGUGUAUAUCAUAUGGGUCAUUCACAAACUGGGUGAAAUUACUUUGGGCUUCAUAGUGUCGCAAUUUUGAAAUUGUGUCGAAAUUUGCAAUUCGAUGCAAAAAUGUUUGGAUCUCAAAGAUGUCAUAUUGUGCUGGUAAAAUAAACCUGUCUUGAUGUGUCUUAAAUGUGGUUUGUAUUGGGUGCUUAUUUGAUUUUAUCUGAAUCAAAAACUUUGUAUGGCUUAUUUUGAUUUUGUUAGAGAUAGUCGGCUGAAUCCUUUGAAAAAAAGGGAGAGUAUGUUGGCGUUAGCUGGGCCAGAUUACCUCCCUGAAGUCAAUGGUUAUGAUAUUGUGGCACAUAAGAUGACACAAGAGAUUCUGUGCCGUAUAGUUUAUCCCUUGCUUCACAAUCAAAUUGGAGAUUUCGAAACUUGCUUUUUCUUGUCUGGCUAAGUUUAGCCCAACUGAGUUUUUUCCCAAAUUGACAGAGUAUAUACUCAAAGUGACUGUGGUCUUGCCAUUCAGAACUUGAGACGGGCUCUUCUCUCUCUUAUAAUCUUAAGAAAAUCUGUUUUCACUUUAUUUAAUCAAAAGGUUAAAAGGUGCCUCGUGGCCAAUAAGUUUUUUUCAGUUUGAAGAUAUUGCUUUGAUAUUGAAUGCCAAGAUUAAUUUUUCAAUUUUGAAUGCCACGAUGAAUUUUUCAAUCAUUAGCUGAGAUUGCAGAGAAAAUAUUGUCGUUUCCAUUUUGCUCGUUUUUGCCAAACGUAAGUAAUAAUCAAAGGUUCUUUACACAAUCAGACGCCGUUGAAGACAAUGAGAGUUCACAGUUUCAAAAUUAAAUCAACUAUUUACUACGAAAUAGAAUCGUGACAGGAACGGUGCUAUCAGAUUGUUGCUCGUAGAGAGCUUUCCGAUGAAUGGUCAUGUCAAAAGGUUCCGAGAAACUCCGUAAAAUUUUUUGGACAAUUUUUGUCAUUUGCUCUUAGCACCUGUGCAUCAGUCCUUGAAUGUAAAAUCAUUUACAUAUUUUUCAUAGGGAUAGUGAGGAGUCUAGAUGGUAGGGCGUUUUGCCCGACCGAGGGUGAUUUCUAAAACUUAAGGAACUUUGCGGUCAGUUUUAAAGGCAUACGCCGCUCAUUGAAAAUUGGAAAUUUGUAAAUGAAAUUGAAAAUUUCCAGUUGCAUAAAUACGAACUAAAUACAAAGUUCAACGUUGCCGUUGUGUAGACAGAUAUACAAAUACUAUACAUACCAAGUUUCAUCAAAUUUGCAUGCAUGAUAACUGCACUACAGCAUUGUGCAUAAUUGCAUUUCUAUUUUGCUGGACCACCAGUAAUUAAGAACGGCGUACUCCUUUAACACUGACCAGGCAUAGGAACAUUUUGCCUCGAUGAAAACACUGUGUACUGCCGCCACUAACUCACUAUGUUAACUUCAUAAGACUGCCGUUUUAGGCAGCAUAGGUCAGAUCAAGACUGAAUAAAGACUACUCUUUGUCAAUUCUUGGUUGAAAUAAUCAAAGAGGAACAUAUUUUUUAUUGAAUUUGAUUUGAAAAAGAGUUUUAGUUGUAUAUAAUUAUCAGACAACAAGAAAUUCACUAUAUUAUUCACAAUUUUGGGUUUAAGCACUGAUUUAUUGAUAAAAUGCGAUGGAAGGCCACAGAAUAAUUUUUGCACUAAUUUCACAAAAUCUGUCAAAAUAUGCACCCAGAGGUAACCCCUGGUAUAUAUUGCGUCUUAUUCUAUAAAAAUCUCCAAGUUAUUCAGAAAUUCAACUUUACUCGCAUUUCCAUAUUUUUAGUCAAAUCUUUGUGCGACAUACCACAAAUUAUUCCUCAGGUCCUUUCAGCCAUCUUUUGAUAAUAAUAAUAAUAAUAAUAAUAAAAGAAUUGAUAAUUUUAAAUUGACUUUGAUCACGACAAUUCUGAAAAUGCCAUGAAAGGCAAGAUAGGCAUGAAAGUGUCCCCAAAUUAGGCUAAAUAGCGCAAUUAUGUGUAUCCCAAAUUUGCCAAAAAUAGGCAUAAGAUUACAUGGGAUAAAGGUGUAUGUUAUGUGAUCGAAAGCACUGGUUUUGAAAGUUGAGGAUGGUUGGAAGAUGGACGACUGGAGAAUAAUUUGAGAUAUGUCACAAAAAAUUUAGACUAAAAAACAAAAUCCGAAGCAAAAGUCGAACUUCUGAAGAACUUCGACUGAACUUUCGUGACAAUUUGACGCUUUUGCUUUUGAUAGCAAAAUGUUUUAGGUGUGCGUCAUAAUGAAACUGCCAUAACUUGAUGAAGUGCCAAGCAAAUGAAGAAAUUAUCGGAGCUAUGUAGAGAUUUUUUGUUCUCACAUUUGUGUGAAGGAAAUAAAGAAUUAUACCAGACCAGUAUGUGGUGAAUCCUGACCCUUGCGCUGCGGCAGCCAGUUUUUGAUCAACGCCAUCUUGUGUUGACAGUCGACACUAAUGAUGAACAGUUGAGGUUACUUUUAUCUGAAAAGUCGAAACUAUUCAAAAGUGUCGCUAUAUACUAUUAGGAUUGAGUAACUACUAAUCAUCUGGACUGCAUUUGGCAUGUUAAGAGAGGGUGCGACCAAGUGCUGGUGAAUUGAUAUUCAAGAAGGGCAUGAGGUGCUGUGCACAUCGUCUGAAAGUCAUGAGGCCAAGUACAUGACGUUCUAUGCACGUCAUCCGCAGCGAAAGGGUCAAAAAAGAAAUUUUUUCUUUUGUGCAAGCUUUUCGGCCACAAUUGGGUCAACUGACUUGAGAGAUUAUUGUUGGUCCAAAUAUUUUCCUGAGGGAUGAUAGUGUUGAACCAUGGGUGAGGGGACUUGUCAAGUUUUUUUCAAUAUUUACAAGUCAAAUUUGUAGCUUGUCUUGAAUUAUGUGUAUGGCGUCAACUUGCGUCAAAACUUUCUCUGGUCAUACUACUUUAAAGCUGGAUUCUGGUACAGGUGCAGGAAGCCAUGUUGUACGGCUUUCACAGGCAUUUGAGAAAUAUCAUUGAAAGUUAUUGAGUCGGAGCAAGCGUAUCUGACCACUGAGCCUGUGGAAGCAGCAAACAGCGCAGAAAACCACAGUAGUGGAAUCGGGCCUUUAGAGAGCAACUGUAGCAAAUAUUUCUCAUUAUGUAAAUGGCGUCUGCCCCACCGCUGAGGACUGUAUCCAACAUGAUAUAUAUAUACAAAUCAUAUUUAUUUUUCUAAUUUUUAUGUAAUUUUUUAACUCAUAUAGACUCAAAUAUGUAUAUGGUGCAGGUUGCUCUGGUCAACGUUGCAUCAUUCUUUUGGUUGCCGUAAAAAGUUCUGAAAUUAAUUUAUGUAUUGGUAAUUGUAAUGGUUUUUUUGUAUUUUCUAUUUAGUGUGCCGCAGACAUGCAAUUUUUAUUGCAGCAGUGUGUGAUAUUCAUCACUUGUGACCAAAAUCACUUCUCUGCAGAGUCAGUGAAUAUGCCUGCAAGAAGUAUUGGUAAUUUUACUUGUAUUUCUUGUAUUCUCGGUUUAGCGUGCUGCAGACAUGCAAGUUUUAUCGCAAAAGUGUUUGAUAUUUAUCACAUGUGACCAAAAUCUCCUGUCUGCUGGGCUCAGUGCAUAUGCCUGCGACAAGACUCGGUCAUAGCUGCGACAUACAAUCAAUAUGAAUUAAUUACAAACUGCAGAUUGCAGAGGCAAAAUCUAGGAAUUUUUUUGGGACCAUCUUCUGUCAUUUACAAGAAGUUCGCUUUUCAUCUGCUAAGUAAGUUUGAAAAAAUGGUAUAUACAAGCGUCUUCCGUUCUGUAUUGAUCCUCAAAGUGAUGCUGAGUUAGUGAUUUCUGGGAAGUUUCUUGUAAAUCAAGACCAAUGCUUUUUUUAACCUUGUGGAAUUUUCAAUGAAAUAUGAUAUAUGAGAUAUCGUAUUACGAAUCAAAAAUUUUUUCAAAGUAUUUUUUCUCUGUGUAUUUUUUUGCGAAUCUAGGUUAUUUGGAAAAUUCUCAAAGGUAAAACGCCUCGUAAAUUUUUGUCUCCGUAAGAGUCAACCUGCAUACACCUGGGGCGUACAAGCUAAACUAACACAUACUAUGCACCUGAUGGGUGUGAUUUGGGCCAUUUAAAACGAAGGGUUAACCUUGGUUAACAAACUACCUCAAGUAGCAUUUGACGGCGAGGACUCGCGCUGGUCAUUUCGGGGCGACUUUUCCCCCCCGAGUAUUGGGUGUUUUUCCACCGAAACCUACAGUGAAGUCAGUCUGUAAUUGCACAAAGGGUCAUCCAUAGAAUUGGUGACAUUGCUGGAUGGGCCAGCAGCAGUGUUUGACCGCAUCAUAGCAUUUCAUCGUUCUCCUGUAACGAACCUUAAAUUGCUGAUCGAAUGUCAAAAUUAUUGUGUACUCAAAAAUGAGUUGCACCAUUGGGUUUAUACACAAAUGAGUGGCACCAUUGGGAUUUUACUCAAAUGAGUGGCACCAUUAGGUUUAUACUCAAAUGAGUUGCACCAUUGGGUUUAUACUCAGAGUGGCACCAUUGGGAUUUAACUCAUAUGAGUGGCACCAUUAGGUUUAUACUCAAAUGAGUGAUACCAGUGGGUUUAUACUCUUAUUAAGUGGAACCAAGCUUUUUAUGUGCAAUGAUUUGUUCAAAGUUGUCAAAACGCCAAUGAGAUAAGCUUGAUAAAAUGUGCCUUGACUUAUUGGGCUAUUGUAAACUUGCUAUUACCAGUUCGUUAGACCUAGUUGAAGAAGCAAAACUUUUAGUUAUUACUGAUUGGAUGAUAGACCAAGUUUAAGAGGCCUGCUUUUUUUGUUCAAAGAUGUGAAAAUUUAACUUGAAUUUGAAUAUCGCCAAUUGUGUUCAUUAACACCAAGUAGAAAUUUCAACAGUACUGUUGAGAAGACUGAUAAAUGCAGAGUUCUGUGAAUCUGCAUGUAUUAUAACUGCCUUUCAACAGAGGUUUAAUUUCAUUUACCUGUGAGCCACAAGAAAAAACGAUGAAACGGAAAGGUGUGGGGCUUUCAAAAAACCCAGAAAUGAUAUAAAGAGGAACAAGUCGAUGAUUUUUAAUCAUUUCAAAUGACGACCAUUUCCGGCUAAAGAAGUAAUGCACAUUUUAUGGCUUUUCUCAAAUAAAGUAAACCACUUCAUUAUAUCAUGUGUAACCCCUAAGGGGUCCAACACAGACAAGGGUACCCAAGGUUGGUUCAAUGUCGGUCUUCUUCUUCCUCCACAGCAUAUACUCUGCACUUCGAGGUGAUUUUCUCCAGGGAGUAUUCCUCCUCCAAGGCAGGAUGAGCAUUUUGCAAAAACGGUCUUGCCAAGGCUCGUAAAUUAACAUUUAUUUCUGGUUCCACUUGUAGACAAGUGUGUGUUUAUCAAUAUGCUUUCGGCCUGAUUUCAUCUUCUGACUGAACGUUAUUUCUCAUUGUUUCAGUGUCAAGUUUAGCAGUGUAGACAAU